GAAGGAAGGAACCUCCACCCCCACCCCCACGUCAGUGCACGUUAGCAGCAUUUAUUUAUUUUUGUUCACUAUUUACUUUUUAACUUUUUUAUUCUUUCUGAUCUGAUCUGAUGCUUGCUUCAACUACUACUUGUAAAUAAUAGUAGUAAUUUCCCAACAAAAAUAAAAUAAAAUGUGAAAUAAGUAAAUUAAUAUCACCAAUCCCCAUUCACUAUUCACCACCUUCUUCCUUUCUUUCCCUUCUCAAUUCAACAAGCAAAGCAAAGGCCCAGCACCAAGACGACCUUGCAUCACCGCAGUAACUAGCACCAAUACGACGUCGUUCACUCAUUCCACCUGUUUUCAAAUUCCCUCUCUUCUAUUCGUAUCUCUACUCUCCAGAAUCCGAUUCGACUCUCUCUCUCUCCCUCUCCGCAUUGAGAAAAACGAAAUGGUGAGACUUCUAGGACUGAGUCUACGAGACUCCGAUGAGUCUCCGCGUGAGAUUACGAUCACCUCCCAAAUCAACCGGGCGAGUGAGUCCGGCGAGAACGGCUGGCUCAUUCGCUUCUUCGACUCCGCGUUUUUCUGCGAAUGGAUCGCGGUUAGCUAUUUGUACAAGCAUGAUCACCCCGGGGUUCGCGAUUACCUCUGCAAUAGAAUGUACACUCUGCCAUUACCCGGUAUCGAGAGCUAUUUGUUUCAAGUUUGUUACCUCAUGGUGCACAAGCCCAGCCCCUCUUUGGAUAAGUUUGUCAUCGAUAUAUGCUCCAAGUCCUUGAAGAUUGCUUUGAAGGUGCAUUGGUUUUUGAUGGCCGAGAUUGAGGAUUCAGAUGAUAAUGAAGGGAUUAGUAGGAUUCAAGAGAAGUGUCAGCUUGCAGCCACUUUGAUGGGCGAGUGGCCUCCUUUGAUUCGGCCUCUAACUGUCACAUCUUCCAGCCCUGGAAGUAAAAGUCAAGUCUUGAAUAAGUUGUUAUCAUCCAAACAGCGCUUGUUGUCACUAACAUCUUCACCGCCCACCCAAAAGCCUCUAUCUAUAUCUCUAUCCUUCUCCCCUUCUUCGGGAAGCAACUUGCAAGAGGAUGGUAGUCACAUGUCUUCUGAGGAGAACAACAUUUUGAAGAAGUUUAUUCCAAGUCCAAAGGUUCGAGAUGCAUUGUUGUUUAGGAAGUCUGCUGAGAAGUCUGCUGAGAAAGACGAGGAUGAGUCGGAAAAGGAUGGGUUCUUUAGAAGGCUUUUAAGGGACAGUAGUAGAGGUGAGGAUGAGGGGGGCUCAAGGGUUCGAGAUGUGUUGCUUUUUAGGAAGUCCUCAGAGAAGGAUGAUGAUGACUCUGAAAAGGAUGGGUUUUUUAAGAGGCUUUUGAGGGAUAGUAGAGGCGAGGAUUUGACAUCGAGCUCAGACGGGUUUUUUAAGAGGUUGUUUCGGGAUAGCAAGAGUGAUGCUGAGGAUAAAUCGGUUUCUAAAUCCGUUGAAGACGAUGAAAAAGAAGGAUUCUUUCGUAAGCUUUUCAAAGAUAAGUCUGAGGACAAGAAGGACGGGAGUGAGAGGAAGGAGGAUGAAGAUAUGGUCAACUCUGAAGAAAAAUCUUCAAAAUCUGUUGAAGAUGAUGAAAAAGAGGGGUUUUUCCGGAAACUAUUUAAAGAUAAGGAAAAGAAAGAUGAAGAUAUGGUGAACUCCGAAGAGAAAAGUUCAAGAUCUGUUGACGAUGAUGAAAAAGAGGGGUUCUUCCGGAAACUAUUUAAAGAUAAAUCUGAGGACAAGAAAGAUGAAGAUACGGCGAAUUCUGAAGAGAAAAGUUCAAAAUCAGUCGAUGAUGAUGAAAAAGAAGGGUUUUUCCGGAAAUUCUUUAAAGAUAAAUUUGAUGACAAGAAAGAUGCACAUGAUAAAACUGAUGAGGGGAGUGCAAAUGCUGAGGAGGAAGAGCCUUCUGACUUUUCAUUGUUCCGAAGAGUGUUUCGUGUGCACCCAGAAGAUUCCAAAAGUACUGCAGCAAAUGAAAACAACAACGUCGGUAGCUUGUUUGAAAGUAGUCCAGGAACUGAGAAUUUUUUCCGCAAGUUGUUUAGGGAUCGUGACCGUUCAGUUGAGGACUCGGAGCUGUUUGGUUCAAAGAAGCCCAAAGAGAAGUGUCCUGGUUCACCAAAGCAACGGAUCGAUAAGUCAAAUGCAAAGCCCCCACUUCCAAAUAAUUCUACAUCGCAGUACCGAAAAGGGGCUUAUCAUGAGUCAUUGGACUUCGUGCAUUCAUUAUGUGAGACAUCAUAUGGCUUGGUUGAUGUAUUUCCAAUUGAAGAUCGCAAGAGUGCUCUCCGUGAGUCUCUCACAGAUAUGAAUAUGCAUGUGGCUGAGGCUCACAAUAGUGGAGGAGUUUGCUUCCCAAUGGGAAAGGGGAUGUAUCGUGUGCUUCAUAUACCUGAAGAUGAAGCUGUUCUUUUGAAUUCUAGGGAAAAGGCACCUUAUCUGAUAUGCGUUGAAGUUUUGAAAAGUGAAGUGCCAAGCAAUACAAAGGACACAUCUGGUUCACAAAAGCUUUCUAGAGCGGGAAUUCCUCUGGCAAAUGGAGAUGCAUUAUUGCCAAAGCCACCUCCUUGGGCUUAUCCAUUGUGGACUGCCCAGGAGGCUUAUCGUAAUAGUAAUGAUAGAAUGUCAAGGUCAACUGCUCAAGCAAUUGAUCAGGCAAUGACGCAUAAGUCAGAUGCAAAAACGAAGUUUGUUAAUGUGAGUCUUACUUUAGAGAAGCGAUCGCCCAUCCAGUUACAGAGCAUUGAACACAGUGGCAUCCAUUGUGCUAGUCUGCAGUGUACUUCAGCUUCUGCCAGUAUUUUGUCAAGUAGUUGUCAAUGUGAUGAAUCUGUAACUCAUACAUCAAGAGCAGCACAUAAUAGUGAUUUGGAGUGGGUAAGGGUAGUGCUGACAGCAGAUCCAGGAGUUAGAAUGGAAGACAUUGAGGAUCAAGGACCACCACGUCGGAAGGAACACCGCCGUGUUCCAAGUACAGUAGCUAUAGAGGCAGUAAAGGCUGCUGCAGCCAAAGGGGAAGCACCUCCUGGGCUCCCUCUCAAAGGAGCUGGUCAAGAUUCAACAGAUGCACAACCAAGGUUUAAUGGGAGUUCUCCCAAGGCCAGUGAUGCCUUAUCUGGUGAACUUUGGGAGGUAAAAAAAGAAAGGAUACGCAGAGCUUCAGUUCAUGGAAAUUUACCUGGUUGGGAUUUGCGCUCUGUUAUUGUGAAGAGUGGUGAUGAUUGUAGGCAAGAGCAUCUUGCCGUGCAACUUAUUUCGCACUUUUAUGAUAUAUUCCAAGAAGCUGGUCUCCCUCUCUGGUUGAGACCUUAUGAAGUUCUAGUUACUUCUUCUUACACAGCUCUGAUUGAGACUAUUCCAGAUACGGCUUCACUUCAUUCUAUAAAGAGUAGAUAUCCUGACAUCACGAGUUUGCGUGAAUUUUUCAUUGCCAAGUAUGAAGAAAAUUCUCCGAGUUUUAAGCUUGCCCAGAGGAAUUUUGUUGAGAGUAUGGCUGGAUAUUCCCUUGUGUGCUACCUUCUGCAGGUGAAGGAUCGGCACAAUGGCAACCUCUUAUUGGAUGAAGAAGGUCAUAUCAUACAUAUUGAUUUUGGCUUCAUGCUUUCCAAUUCACCUGGAGGCGUCAAUUUUGAGAGUGCACCUUUUAAAUUAACGCGUGAACUUCUUGAGGUCAUGGAUUCUGAUGCUGAGGGAGUUCCAAGCGAGUUCUUUGAUUAUUUUAAGGUUUUAUGCAUUCAAGGCUUUCUUACUUGUCGUAAGCAUGCUGAGCGCAUUAUUCUUCUUGUUGAGAUGUUGCAGGACUCUGGUUUCCCCUGCUUUAAAGGUGGUCCUCGGACAAUACAGAACUUAAGAAAACGAUACCAUUUAAGUUUAACAGAAGAGCAAUGUGUGUCACUGGUGCUUUCGCUAAUAAGCAGCAGCUUAGAUGCAUGGCGGACAAGGCAGUAUGAUUAUUAUCAGAGGGUUUUGAACGGAAUAUUGUGAAAUUGAAUCUCAUUGAUUACAUGGAUGUUCCAUUUGACAAAGCCAGCCCAGUUUAGGCACUUCAAAUAAAAUUGAAUUUCAGUCACUGUGUGAUUUGAGGACAUUUGGCCGCUGUUGGAUGGCUUUGGAGUUUUAUUGGAGGCAGAAAGGAGUAUGGGGUAGCAAUUUAUGGCAUGCUUUUUCUCAAUGCAAGAGAUUUGUAACUGUAUCGGCAGAAAUUCUUUCCCAAGCAUGCAGAUUUUACUUCAGCGGGCUUUUUUAUUUUUUAUUUUUAUUUUUUUCCCCUUGUUUCAUGUAAUAUGGAACUCUGCUGGCUGGUGGGCAAUUUAACUUGUUUGGAGAUGUAUAGCCCUCCUACCCAUCGUCGGGGAGCACACACUGUACAGGAUGUCUCCAAUGGAGAAAACAGAUCAGACAUGAAAUAGCUACAGAGACCAUGUUUGCUGGGUGAGAUUUUGAUUGCUACAGAUUUUGCACCAAGUGUUCGGAAGCAUCCAACUUGUUUGGGUUCUUUACAACUUCAUUUCCAUCUGAAGUUAUAUUCUUCUGAUAAGAGCGUAGACAAGAUUCAGCAUUUGAUAGGUGACCUGCUGUUCCUUUUUGGGCGCCACUAUUUGCUAGUAUCUGUCUUCCUGGAGUCGUUAUUCUUCUAUCAUUUCAUCAUGAAGUUACAAGAAAAGUUAUUCUAAGAUGGUAUAUGAUUGAAUCAUGUAUAAUUGAUCCAGUUGUCUUCUACAGUGAAAUUUGUUCGGUUGAAACUCUUCAAAUAUAAAAGAAAUUUGUGGCACUGAUUUCAUCAGUUUUUGUGUCCCUUUAUGAGUGGCACUGAGCAAAAGCUGUGCGCAUGUAUGUACAAGAUUAUUUUUUGUAAAUAUAAUUUUUGACGUCUUUUUUAA